UGCCGCCUCUGCUGUUACCUAAACUGGAAGGCAGCGUGAGAGGAGCGCGGAGAGGCUGGAGCGAGGAGGUCGCGGGAGCGCGUGGGCAAGAGGACUUUGCCCAGGGGAAACAGCCGCCGCCGUCGCCUUUGAUCCCUCCAGCAUCCCGCCGGCUUUUGAUUUUUUGCUGCUGGUCCUUAAUUUGAUCCCUUGCUCUUUUUCUCCUCUCCUUUUUCAAAACCCAUCCUGCCAAACAAAGGAAACAGAAGGAACAUACACACAAACGCGCGCACGCCUAUUUGCCGGAGGAAGGAGACAUGCGUUCGAUUCGGAAGAGGUGGACUAUCUGCACGAUAAGUAUCCUCCUGAUUUUUUACAAGACAAAAGAGAUUGCGAGAACGGAGGAGCACCAGGAGACACAAGCCAACGGAGACGGUGAGCUAAGUUUAAGUAGAUCAAUGGUCAAUAGCUCUGAUAAAAUAAACCAAAAGAGUGGCUCUUCAUUGUUCCAGCAUUCCGUAGAAAGAUGGAAAAUCAAUUCUUCCUUGGUACUGGAAAUAAGGAAGAACAUUCUUCGUUUCUUGGAUGCAGAAAGAGAUGUCUCAGUAGUCAAAAGCAGCUUCAAGCCAGGAGAUGUAAUCCAUUACGUGCUAGACAGACGCCGCACACUAAAUAUUUCUCAGGAUUUACACAGUCUUCUUCCUGAAGUUUCACCGAUGAAGAACCGCCGAUUUAAGUCAUGUGCUGUUGUAGGAAAUUCUGGUAUUCUCCUUGAUAGUGGCUGUGGAAAAGAGAUUGACAACCACGAGUUUGUUAUAAGGUGCAAUCUAGCUCCCGUGGUGGAGUAUGCUGCCGAUGUGGGGACUAAAUCAGAUUUUAUUACCAUGAACCCAUCAGUUGUACAAAGAGCAUUUGGAGGCUUUCGGAAUGAGAGUGACAGAGAGAAAUUUGUGCAUAGGCUAUCCAUGCUGAAUGACAGUGUCCUUUGGAUCCCUGCUUUCAUGGUCAAAGGCGGAGAGAAGCAUGUGGAGUGGGUUAAUGCAUUAAUCCUUAAGAAUAAAUUGAAAGUGCGAACUGCCUAUCCAUCACUGAGACUUAUUCAUGCUGUCAGAGGUUAUUGGCUGACCAACAAGGUUUUCAUCAAGCGACCUAGCACAGGACUCCUCAUGUACACACUUGCUACGAGGUUCUGCGAUGAAAUUCAUCUCUAUGGAUUCUGGCCCUUCCCGAAGGAUAUAAAUGGAAAGCCAGUCAAAUAUCACUAUUAUGAUGACUUAAAGUAUCGAUUUUUUUCUAAUGCCAGCCCACAUAGGAUGCCAUUAGAGUUUAAAACUUUAAGUAUGUUACAUAACAGAGGAGCACUUAAAUUGACGACGGGGCGGUGUGCGCAGUAAUAAAGCACAAGUCGAGGACUAGGAGAAGUGCCGGAUAUGGGCUUCGCCAUGCAGAUUUUAUGGAAGAGCAGUGGGAUCAAAACAGUGGAUUUAUCCCUGUGCGCUGUACCAAGCCAUUGGAGAACAAGGAAGUGCACCGCAACUCCCGUACCAGCGAACAUUUUUACCUGUUGAAGUGCUAAAUCUUGAGUGCAAUGGUUCGAGUAAGUGCCACUUUCUCUAAGAGCAAAGCUUGAAUGUAUAAAAUCAGUAGUGUUUACAAGAUCCAACGAUGCAUUCAUCACCUGUUAAAGAAGCAAAUAGUCCAUUUGCUGCUCAUUUGCCAACACAAAGUCUGGCAGCUGUGUAACGAAACACCCAAGAGGUGGGGUCUGCCCUGAAGGAAAUACUUUGCAUUUGGCAGCAACAAUCAAGGCGGAAUUGGCAGAGCAGUGGAUAACAUCACAAACAUCAAGCAAAAUACCUUCAGCCGGGGCCAUCCCUGGCUUUGUAUUAUAACCUUUCUCUUUUUCCUCCCUGUUUUUAAAAUUGUCAUUCAUUUUCUAUGGUGUUUGAGUAUUGGAGCCCCUUAAGGGAUUUUGACAAGAUAAUACUAUGAACAUUUUAAGUAAUCUUCAAGAAGUGGUCUUAGAAGAUCUUAUUUUUUAAACAAAAUCUUCCUUGCAUCUUAUUGCUCAGCUUACUCAUUGCAGCUGAAGUUGCCUCCACGUGACAACUUGCUGCUGCAGUAACACAUAGAGCCAGUCAUCAGGUUUUGCCCCCGCAGCCCUAUAUCUCAGCACCAGCCACUGCUAGGAACAUGUUCUGCUGGGGAAGGCGAUGUCGGGAUGUGUAUGGGAAAUGGGAGCAGGGAGGGUCAUCUCACUAGGUUGUUCUGGAUGGUAUAACUUGUUGAAAAAAGCUUAGGAUCUCCCAACUGCUUUUAGGUGCUUCUUUUAGGGUGAACUGCAUGUUACAAUAAACACACAACAAAAGUGUGCUCAAACUUCUGAACAAAAAGCAGCUGUGUAGUCACAAUCUGGACUGGUGA